GGAGCCAAAUAAACCACAACAAAGAAUGUCUAUAAAGAAACCUUUAUUAUUGUCAUAGUAUUGUCAAAGUACAAGGUAGCGCAGCGAAUAUGAAUCGACCGGUAAUUUCACCUGCCUUUUGUCAUAGUUCUUCACCGGAUCACACGUUAGAAGUGAUGCAAAAACGAAUCUUAAUGGCUGAAGAAGAAACGAAAAAACUUGUUGACCAACUGUCUGACUAUGGAUUUACCAAAGAAAAACACGAGCAARAGGACAGUGUCACUGGCAGGAUCGAGCCUAUUUCUCCCUUUAAACCUAAUAUUUCGGAUUCUCCACAAAUGGAGGCUUUACAGAAGAAUUAUGAACGAAUGGUCUCGCGUGUUUGUCGUGCUGAAAGUACAAUUCAGUCUUUGAAGUUAGCGAUGUGUAGUCUGCAAGCUGAACGAGAACUAACUUCACUAAACAAAGAAAAGCACGUAUCUAUACCUAAAGACACUUAUGAYAAAGAAAUAAAGACACUUGAGAAAGAGUUGUCACGAUGUAGGAAGGAGCUGCAAGCAAUCUCAAUAGAAAGGGAUGAACUUAAAGAAAAUUUAUCUCGUGUCAACACGACUCUAGACAAGACUUCAGUGUUUAAUGCAGAGGCGAAGGUUAAACUGGAAGAAUCAAAAAGUAUUAAACAGAAGUUGACCAAAAAAGUUAAUGAGCUGAAGGAAGAGCUGUCUCAUGAAAGAGAACUAAGAAGUAGUCUAGAAAACUCUCACAAGUCAUUGCUGGCUAGAGUAAAUGAUAUGGAAAACUUGGUUGAAACAGAAAGAAAUGAAGUACAGACAAUUGGCAUGGAGUGUGAUGGAUUGAAAAAAGAGUCUGCCAUGGCAAGACAGGAAUACRACAAGGAACACAGACUGAGGGUACAACUGGAAACACUUGUCACACAGCUACAGGAAGACUCAACUAAUGCUGAUGCUAAUUUAGCAACAUUAACAGCUUAUAAAAAGAAUAUGGAAGCAGAAAUAUCUGUUUACAAGAGGGACAACAAGGAAUUGAGACAACAGUUUGAAAGUUUAAGAUCCAACUAUGAAAAUCUCAAGGCAGCUCAUGAGAAGAUUGUUGYUGAACAUAAAAAGGCCAGUGAGGAGCUUCGUGCUGUAUCAGUAGACAACAAGGUACUGAUAAGUCAACAGAAAGACAUCAUAUGGAAGGAAAGACAAGCCAUGGUUAACAAGCUAACAGAGAAGGAAAAAUCCCUGGAUGAGGCUAGAAAACRACUAGUAAAGGAAGCUGAAGAAGGAAGACAACGACUUCAUUUUGGCGAGCAAGAACGGAGCUCAAGAUAGAACAAUUAAAAGACAAGAUAGGUUUAGUUACAAGAGAAAAAGAAGACGCUAUGAAGGAAAAAACGCAAAUACUUGAUGAGAUUGAACAAACUGUUAAUGGCUUCACGCAAGAAAGAGACAGAAUAGUGAAGCAGUUGAAUGAUGCACACGACCAAAUUGAAAAUCUUCAGCAAAAGAAAAAUGCACUUGAACGGGAGAGUCAAAAACAACUCGACAAAAUCCUUGAACUCCAAAGUCAUCAG